UGUAUAUAAAUAAUAUACAAUAAAACAUCUUUAUCUUUUGUUUUAACUAUACAAUGGUGAUUUGGGAUUAUUUUAUUCUAUCUGCAAUAUGUAUUUUUUACUCUCUAGCUCAGGGGAUAGACAACGAAGAAAUGGUAGAUAUUGCUGCAAUGGACACCAAUAAUACGGAACUUAUCAAAGGAAUGCCUGAAACAUUGCGCUUUACGCUAAAUACUAUGACCAAUAGAACACCCAUUGUUCUGAAUUUGAAACGUAAGAAAUCGGUUAAAGAAAACAGUUUUGUGUUCGUUGUACGUCGGGAUAAGAACGGAAAAAUGGUACUUGUGAAGGAAAAUAUUCCAGUCAAACGAAAUGUUGGACUUUAUCAAGAUAAGAAAACUGGUGCAGCUUUCACAGUGCAAUGUGAGGGAUUAGAACAUGGACGUUGCAAUCCAGUAUUGUUUGGCAGUAUACAUAUUGACAAUGUUGAAUACGAUUUAUCGGAGAUAUCGACAGCCGAUAUGUCAUCCACUAGCCCAACUACCAGUCCAGUAGCCAGACGAAAGAGGCGAGCAAAUAAAAAAGAGGACAAACAUAAAGAGAAACAAGAAAAGAAACAAGCAAAGAAACUAGCAAAGAAAGAGAGAAAAGAACAAAAAUGGAACGAAAAACAAACGAAAAAGGCAGAAAAAAAGCAACACAAAAUGAAAAGAAGAGUAUACAAACUGACAAAACGAAGAAAUAACAAAUGGUUUGAUGACGAUUUAAAAAUAUUUGACAACUCUUUAAACAAUAACAACCUCAUCAAACAAGAGACCAGUAGACCACUUGGUAGAGCUAUGCCAUUAAGGAUGACUGAAAACAUCGUUGAUAUUUCGAAAGAAAAACUUCCGGUACUGGGACGUACAGUUGUAUCUUCAAGUCGAUCACGUGUAAAUGUUGCAGCAGACGACACUUACAAUGUAGAGCUUCUUUUAGUGAUUGAUCAUUCCAUUUAUAUGAGAGAGUAUAAUGCGAUCAACGACCCUAGUGUGUUUAAUAAAGAUAUGGAAGCAAAAUCGAGAAUUCGACAAUAUUUUGGUCACACUGUAAAUGGAAUGAAUUUACGAUAUGACAACAUAGAAACAAACAAGUUUCACAUCAAUGUGGCAGUGUCCGGAUAUAUCAUUGCUGAUAAACCGGACAUUGCUGUCUGGACAGCUAAACGAACAGCCGGUAAUCCUAGAGAUUUGGUCGACUCGGACGACGCGCUCGAUCUAUUACGUUCUUGGAGAAUGGAGGUGUCACAGCUACCAGAGCAUGACCAUCUGAUGUUGUUCACUGCGUAUGAUCUAUACCGUUACAGAACCACUGACAAUAAAGUUACAGGUCUGGCAUCUUUUAGAGCUAUGUGUUCCGCGAGUAGUGUCUCCAUAGUGGAGGAUAAUGGUGUGCAUGGCAGCAUUAGUACUGGUACCCAUGAGUUAGCACACAGUCUCGGAGCCCGACACGACGGAAGUGGAACAAAUAUUUGUUCAUCUAGUUCCCAAUACAUCAUGGCCGGAACUGGAGGAGUAACAGGGAAUGGAAAUGAACUGAAUCCAUGGAAGUUUUCUCCAUGUUCAAUUGACGAGCUUUACUCGUUCCUCUCUGGGCUUGGACCAGGCAGUUGUUUAUCCGAUGAAGCACUGAUUUAUGAUAUGGACGAGUUUAAUGAAGUUACUCGUAAUGAAAUAGGUCAGAUUUAUGAUGCAAACGAACAAUGUAGACAACGUGCUGGAAAGAACUCCUUUUAUGGUUGGGGUGGUGGUCUUGGGGAGUUCACAGAUAUUUGUACAUCAAUGGCGUGUAAAAGUGAAACGUCAAAGAAUAGUUAUCUUAUAUAUACAGCAGCUAGAGGAACUUCUUGUGGAAAUCAGAAGUGGUGUUUAAAUGGUUUAUGUUCAAAUGACCGGGAUGCUCCAGAAAAGGAUGAAAAAUGUGUUCACGGAGACUCACAAAAGUUAUUUGAUGGACAAACAUGUCCACAGCUGAUAAGUGAUGAUCCCAGUAAAUGUUACGAGAAAUAUUACAGAGAAUUCUGUUGUCAGACAUGUAAAAAUAUUGCAAAGCCGACACGAGGUUGUGAGUUUGGAGAUAAGAAUAGCUUUUGUUCGACUACAACUAAGAGGCCACAUCUAUGCUACAGUCAAAGGAAUUCUGAGAUUUGCUGUGAUAGCUGUCAGGCAUUAAACACCGGUUAUCAAGGAUGUGAAUAUGGAGAUAAGGUUCACGAAGUAGUAGGAGGUACAUGUUACAAAUGGAGAUGUUCAGGAAAUCCAGACUACCAGAAGUCCUGUUGUCAAACAUGUGGUAUUAUCCCAGACACCCCAAUAGUUCCUAGAACAACACAGAAACCAAAAAUUGUUCCAGCAACAACAAAACAGACUAUACAACCUACUCGACCUCCACCGCCGCCCGUACAGACCAGACCGCCACCGCCACCUGUACAGACCAGACCGCCACCACCACCUGUACAGACCAGACCUCCAAUAAAAACACGACCUUCACCUCCACCUCCACCUACGCAAUCCGGGGAGAUGUGUGUAAGAGCUGAUGGCAAAUUUAGAACUAUGGCAUGUAGUGUGGUUGCUGACUGGAUUUCCGAUAUAUGUCGGGUUUCUGUAUUACAAGAUGCUUGCUGCGAACCAUGUGCAACUAGAACUAUAGCUAAUGCUUGUCAGGACUCCAAUACUUGUUCUAAUGUGAAACCUAUAAACUGCUACGAUACUUUUGUCAGGGACAAAUGUUGUGCCACAUGUAAAUCGUUUGAAACUGGAGACCAAGGCUGUAUGUAUGGUGAUAAAUCUAGUAGCUGUACCAGAUAUGUGAUGUUAUGGCCAGACUAUAUAUGUUCUAGACAUCCAGACAAGUGCUGUAGUUCGUGUAAAAAUAGAUCUAGUCGAAGGUCAACAAUUACUAUAUUGUCCAGGAGAAUGGAAAACAACAUUGCAAACGUCUUGGAAACUCCUCCAACCAAAACUCCAUUUGUUACAUCACUUGACAGUAUUACUAACAUUGAUACUUCAGUAGCUUCAAUGGAUUCAAUAGACCAACCUACAAGAGGUGAUCAAAUACCUAUCAAAAAGGACAAAAAGAAGAAAGACAAAGGAAAAAAGCAAAAGAAAGGUAAAAAGAAACACGAAAAAAAGCAUAAAAAAAGAAAAGAUAAAAAAGAGAAAGAAAUUGACAAUUUCAAAGACAAGCAUCAUAAGAAGAAAGGAAAAGGGAAAGGAAAAGAUACUAAAAAGUCAAUUGUGUGGCAUAUAAAAGUGUUCAGAAGACCCAGAGUUCAACGCAUAUAUUUAAACCCAAAACCUUUUAUUUUUAGACUUAUCUGAAAUUACAAAUUGUACUUUGCUUAUAAUAUUUCUUAACUUGGAUUUAAAUGAUAAAUAUUAACGUUUUGUUUAUACAGCAUAUUGAAUCACUUUUUCGAAACGAUCAUAUCCAUUAAAUUUUGCAGAAUGGUA